GAGGUUAUAGAGUCGUGUCGGGGCGGUGACGGCAGCAGCGCGGCGCCCCGGGCAGGCGGCCAACGCGGCGAGGCGGCGGGGCAGGAAAAACGGUGAGGCUCUGGCGGACACUCCUCGGUGAGCGGCGGCGACAGAAACAUGGGCGUGGACAAAAACGGCGUGAACAGGUGUCUGGGCGCCUCCGUGGCCACCCUGCUGGCAGUGUUCGGUGUGCUGCUUAUCCUGCAGCUGUCCGCCACGCUCCUGGGCCCACCCCGCAACGUGUGCACCAAGCAAGUGUGCCUCGGCAAGUUUCUGGAGGGGCCGCCCGCCUUCAACAACGAGGCGAUGGCCAACUACCUCCGCGCAAACUACUUCACGCCGCCCGCCUCGACCGAGUACCACCUGUCGGGUAUCACUGGCUUGGACGAGAACCUCCAGGCAGUGCUUCAGUUCAUCAAGGAGUACUUCAAGAGCAAGCGCGGCGGAGUGUUCUUGGACCUGGGGGCGGGCGACGGCGAGUACAAGUCCAUCACGCUGCCUCUUGAAAGGGCCCUGGGUUGGUCUGGCCUGUUGGUGGAGCCUCACCCGCGACUCUACCAGAAGCUGCUGAAGAAGGCGCGCAAGGCUCAGGCCACUCGUGUGUGUGUGUCACCCUACUCCUACCCCGCCAAGAUGAAGUUGGCCCAUCCCAAAAUCAAGAAGGGACUCAGCGAGGAGGAGGAGGUAGCGGCGUUGGGCAAGACCAAGGUGCAGGUGUUGUGGCAGAUGGAUAAGAAGGAGACCAAGAACUACGAGCUGAUGGAGGCGCAGUGCGUGCCCCUCGAGAACAUUGUGUACGCCAGCGGCCUCACCAGCCUUGACCUCCUCGUCCUCGACAUGGCGGGCAAUGACCUCGACCUCCUCCUCAACACGAAACUGGACGAACUGCCGGAGACGGAGAUGAUCGUGAUUCGGUCCAACGGGGAGGACAUCAGCGACGACAUUGCCGGCUACUUCCUCGAGCGCAACAUGGUCAUGAAGCGAGUGUUCGGGACGAAAACCACCGACGCGAUCUACGUCUUGAUUAAGUUCGACGCGCGCAGGGAUAUGUAGAGGCGGCGCUGAGAGCCAUUUCCACAGUCCAACACAGUGUCUUCGUAACAGCCCGAGCCAAACUAUACAAUCCCAUAUAAUCUACUCACCACCAGAGAAAUUUCCUGAAUAGUAUCCUCAAUCUUUCAACUUAAACGUGAACACCAGACACAAUACAGGGAAGUUUUGAAGUCUUUGCAUUGGUUUGGGAGCUUGCUAACCCAUCAUGGCGAACUGUGUAAAUGGACCUGGGUGUGGUACUGAAGGGAUGAAGGGAAUGGAGGAUGUGUGUUGAGGGGUCAGAGUGAAGGAAGGGAUGGAUGGCUGUGUGUGUCGAAGGGUUGGAGGUGAUGGAAGCGAAGAGUGAAGGGAAAGGAUUGAAGGGAAUGGAGUAUUGUAUAAUGGUUAACAGUGAUCGUGACAGAACAAUUAUAAUGAUGAUGAUGUUCAGUAGAUAAUAAUUACCAGUCCGUGUUUUUCUCUUUCUUUUUUUUUUCUUUCAUUCUUAUUUGAAUGUGAAGGUCAAAGCAUAAACAAAGACACACAGACAUAUGCACAAACAGACAGACGGACAGACGGGGAGAACACACACACACACACACACACACACACACACACACACACACACACACCUACCCUUAGGCAAAUAUAU